GGAGACAGAGUCCUAGUAAGGAACGUGCGACUAAGGGGAAAGCACAAACUCGCAGAUAAGUGGGAGUCAUCUGUGUAUAUUGUUGUGAAGAAAGCCGGCAAUCUUCCUGUGUACACAGUCAGACCGGAAGGCCAGAACAAACCACUAAGAACCCUGCAUCGAGACCUUUUAUUGCCAUGUGGAUACUUACCUUUUCCUGAGGAAGAAAUGCCUACCAGAGCUAAAAGGAAAUCUCCUGUGUUUUCUCCAGUAUCUCCUGAUGAUGAAGAGGGUCCAUCAGAGGAAGAACUAGUCGAUCCACCUUUGCACAUUCCAUCAUCUUUUGAACCUGUCAGAUUUACGAUUGAUAUUGACCUGCCUCCUGUCGAGCAGUCUGUCCCAGGAACUGAACAGUUUGUUCCCAUCACACAAUCUCCAGUGCCUGUAACUGAAGAGGACAGUGAUGCUGAGGAUGAUGAACCCAAAUUUGUGGAAGGGGAACCUAUGACUGUUAAAGAGGAACAACUAACAGUAGACAGUGAGGAACCUGAAAUUGAUGCUGGACAAGUCAAUCCUGCUAACGCCUCCAGAGUUGAAGGAAGACUCUCUCCAGAUCCUGAUACUCCAGAGUCUGACAAUGCAGAACAUGACACACAAGAAACUGAUAUAUUUGACAUUCCCAGCCAUACUGAAGAACCUCACUCACCAGUGGAUUCAGUAUCUCUGGACAGUGAAGACCAACCUCUGAGACGUUCUAGCCGCACAAGAAAUCCACCUGAUCGAUUACAGUACACUAAACCUGGCAAACCAUUACUGAAAAGCAUUCAGGCUUUGCUUCACGGUUUGAGCUCUGCUUUCUCCUUCGCCCUUCAAGAAGAUGAAGAAGAACAGUUCAUUGCUCCGUACUCCAAUCAGCCUCCCAUUUGCUGCCAGCCUGGUGCAUGUACGAGGACGUACAUGGGAUCAGGAGGGGAGGGUGUAACCUGCAUAAAAUAAGAACCCGUAUUUUAUUUUGGCGGGUCAAAUUGAUAGCACCCUUUAAGUUCCGGGUCACAGGUGACUCAGAUCUGAAUAGCUGUUGCUGCUGUCGCUGUGGCUAGCUGCUCGUCUCGGCGUCUUCUAAACUAAUAGAAGAAUACGGCUGGAUCAAGGCUUACUAAGACGGCCGAAGGAUUUAACUGAGUGUUUUCUGUCGACCGCUCGACGGUCAGGUUUUUUUCACCCCCUGUGUCACGUCAGGAUGGCGAGCUACCGGAUCACCGCAGCUUCGCGGUAGGAUUUACAUGAACCAAGUUACUUUCUCAUUCUGAACUUAUUUGCUUUGGGUUAUGGACAAGAAAAACCCUACAACAAUCAGACAUUGAUUGAUGAACCGUUGAAUCACUCUAGAUUCAUGAAUGGACUAAAAAGGAAACUCUUGGGUGACAUAAGGGUUUAUUGUUUUUGUUGCUGAGUUGUUUGUCCUUUUUUUUUUCCCCCCCUUGUCGUGUUUUUGGUUAUAUUAUAGAAAAUCACUGUUAUUAUAAAUAUUAUUAAUAUUGCAUAUCUUCCUAUAUAUAUGAAAAAAAAAACUCAAACUUGAAUACAAUAAUUUAAGCAUACUUUUGUCUAAUGGUAUUUUGUUCACACCCACGGGCUCCAUAGGCGAACCUAUCUGAGUGCCUAUUAUAACUGGCUGCAGUCAGGCGCCUAGCCUUAAAUAAGCG